GGCCUGUGGACCGCUGCGGGCGGCGUCUGCGGCCCAGAGCCGAUCAGCCUGGCUUCAUCUUGGGCCGCCGCGCCGGGCACCUGUGGCGGCCGCAGGAGCAGCGCUUCGGCCCGUUGCGCGGCCCGCGCAGGCGACAGGUUCUGCUGAACACAGAAGCUGUCAUCCUGAUGCCUGCUGCUCACCAAAGGGGAGCUCGCCGGACAGCCGGACAGCCGUGUCGAGUGUGAGAGCAGCGCUUUGGUAGUCCUCCUGGGCAUACUGUAAAGCUCCUCUGCCGAGGGCCAAGCGCUGGCCUGCUCCCUAGGAAGGUCACCCAAGGCUAUCCCGAUGAGAUCCCCCGGGGACCUGUGGCUGGGUGGUCUUUGUGCUGUUGGUGACCACAGGCAACCAUGAGCUCCAGCCACCCCGAGCCAGGUUCCGGGGCACCCCGGAGCCCCCGCCCACAGCCCCUGUCCCAGAGCUCUUCCAGCCUGCUGUUCGAAGGCCAAGGGCAGAGGCCAGAGCUCCGCAAGAGUGCCAGCAGCACUGUGUGGCAAGCCCAACAGGGCGAGGCCAGCACUGGCCCCCAGGCCCCGGAGGAAGAGGGGCACCCACCCGAGAGCCCGGCAGUGCAGGCUCAGACCCUCAGCCCCCAGCCCCUCAGUCCCCAGCCUCGGGCUGUGGGCCACUGGCGGAGCAGUACGGUGGGCAAUGUGUCCAUGAUGGGCAGUGGGGACCUUGGCCACCUGCAGGCCCCCCGUGUGGCUGCAGUUCAGCGGAGCCACUCGGACCUGUCCCGCAGUGUCCUGACCAGAGGGCACGGUGGACCCCGGAAGGCCAGCCUCAGCUGUUCGGCCCUCGGUGGCGGCUCCCCUGCGCACGAGGCUCCGCUGCAGUCCGGGAGUGUUUCUGGCCAGGUUGGCCCAGUCCCUGCUGUUGUGGAACAGGACCUGGCUCCAGGAGAUGGGACUUCUAACUCCGCCUGCAUGCUGGGGGACAGUCUGUCGUGGAAGCAGCCACCAGAGCUGGGGGACGAAGCUACCCUCAGCAGCAGUGUCCAGGCUGGGCCCAAAGUCACUGGACAGCCAGCCACUGCCUCCUGCCACGCUCUGCCCCCAGCUGCCCUGCUCUGCAGCACGAGGGAGGUGGUGACCAGCGGCUACUGCCACGCCCUGCCUGCCGCAGGCAUCCUGGCCUUUCCCAAACUGGUGGCGUCGGUGAGUGAGUCCGGGCUGCAGGCUCAGCGAGGUGUAAGGCUCCACUGUACAGCACCCGGACUGAUCCCAGGCCAUGCCCACUGCUGUGCCCACCCAUGGGGCCCCACGGUGCCGGCCACAGAGCCUGGCUGCAGGACCAAAGACGUGUGGACCAUGACCUCUGCCAGCGACCUGGCACCCACACUGGCCUCGGCCCAGGAUGCUGGUGUGCAGGUGGCCCCAGCUGCAGCUUGCAAGGCAGUGGCCACCAGCCCGUCCCUGGCAACCUCGGCCCUGCACAUGUUCCCCGAGGUGAUGCUGGGGCCCAGCCUAGAGGAAGCCCUGUCCCCUGUACGGGAUGUGCGCUGGGACGCCGAGGGCAUGACAUGGGAGGUGUAUGGAGCCUCGGUGGACCCUGAGGUGCUGGGUGUGGCCAUCCAGAAGCACCUGGAGAUGCAGUUUGAGCAGCUGCAGCGGGCGCCGGCCAGCGAGGACAGCCUGUCCAGUGAGGGCCGCAGGGGCCCGCUGCGCGCUGUCAUGCAGUCCCUGCGGUGCCCCAGCUGCUGCGGCUGCUCAGGUGCAGCCCCCGAGUGAAGACCGGUGGCCCUGGAGCCCUGGUCAGCCCAUGGACUUGGCCCGAGGCAAGGACCAGGGACAGCGGGGCCCCAUGCCACCCAAAUGCAUAGCAGGCAGGUGCAUCUCUGCCCUGAACGUGGACAGCCUCUAGACCACAGGAUGCAGCCUGUGGUUUCCGGCUGCACACAGCAGGGCUGGUUUUCAAGGGCUUGAAUGGCAAGGGCCACCUGGACAUUCCAGUCUCUGGACUGUGGGCUGGGUUUCCUCACUGUGCGUAAGCGGGAUUCUGGCUUUUCUGUAAAAAUACUUGACCUGCUGUUCGGUUUUCACCCUCAGAAAUCUGUCAUGUUUCCCCUGGGACUCCCGGUGGCUUGAUUUAAAGCAUUGUUGAGAAAAAGUGACUUCUUAGGUUACAUGGAGGACGUCAAGUGACAGGUAUCCUGGCCACUGUAUGGGAUGGAUCUGGGGAGAAGGAGGAUCUCUGGGAGGAGACAGGCUUGGGUUUAUGGGAGGCUCAGCAAGUGGGUGGGGGGUGCCACGUGCCGUAGAGAGUGGCUGGUGGCCACGAAGCCUCGCCAUGCAGAGACUUGGCCUCUUGUCACCGUGGUUCUCACAAGAAUGUGCCAAUCUGUGCCAUAUCCUGCCGUUCUGCCACCAGGGUGGCAGCGCAGGCUGGGCCCAGUGUGGGACAGGCCAGACAAGCCACCCACCCACCUCCCAGGGACAGAGAUGAACCUCUGCAGGGGAUGCUGGAGUCCUGCCUGGCUCGGGUCCUGGCAGGGGCCCCUGAAAACCCUCUCGGUUAAGCCCCACGCUAGAUUUACUGGCUGAGCCACCCGACCUCUGCCGCCAGACUGCCUGGCGAGACUGUGGCUGAAUUUCUGGUUGGGACUGAAGGCUUCCCUGGCCUAUCGCUGGCCCCUCCUGGGCCAGGCCGGGCACUGCAGUAGUCAGAGUGUCCUUACGAAUCUUUGCCCUUGGACUUGGAUUUGCAGCCAGACUUGCUGAGUCCCUUUCAGGUUCUGUUUGAGGGAGUAUGGGAUCUCAUUGUCCAUAUAUUUGUUUGUUUUUUAAAAUUCAAAAUAAAUAUAAAUUGGGACGUCA